AUGAAACAGGCUGUUAGCAGUAGCUUUCAAAGAUUGAUCAAAGAUUAUGCGCUUGUCUUAUGCCGAGAAACAGAAGUUUCAAAAGCAGAUUGUCAUGCAUUACUGCGCCACCGUCACCUACUUCCGACGCAUCAGAGACGUAUAUUCAAUGGAGUCUAUGAAGAUGCUUCUUCCAAUUAUGGAUUGUUGCCGAGUCAAAAGCAGAUGGCGACCUCUCUAUUCAACAAGUGUCACAAAGAACUGAAGACAAAGGGAGAUAUUUGCAUGAAGGUUUCUUUGACAUGCCUCAUCACCGACGGGUGGUCUAACAUCAAGAACAAGUCAGUCAUCAACUGUAUGGUCGUCUCUCCCAAUUCUUGUUUGUACCUGGAGGCACUGCUGACAGCCCAGCAAGGACAUGAUCACAAGUUCAUAGCCAACGAUGUCGAAGGUGUAUUCAAGACGUACGAGAGCACGACCUUUGUAGGCGCAAAGAUGGAUAACACGAGCGCAAACAAGAAGACAUGGACAAUGCUAUUCAAAAAGCUGCAACUAUUUGUGAAGGACAUCUUCAGUGCGACAAAGACCAAGAAAGCAAGCAACGACACGACGACGUAUCUGGUCAACUAUCCGUUUGAGAAUAUGAUGCUUUUCAUCAACAAGUGCAAAGAUAUCGAGUGCACAAAGGUCAAGAAAACUAUCACGGAUUCAAAAAAAUUUGACCUUUUGAAAAAGUCAAUCGAGAUAUUGGCGUCCCUUGACAUACUCAUCUUCAAGUACCGAUCCCACAAGGUUCCCAUCUCGGACGUGAUGCCAGAUUUUCACGCAUUGCCCCUUGAAUUCUCAAAGCUACUCGCCUUCAAUAUCAUCAACAAGUACAAGCUUGCGUAUUUGAUCAAGACAUGCGUCUUGCGAUUGAUGCUUAUGUACAGCAACGCACACGGUUUGGCUUACAUGCUUGAUCCAUGGUUCAUUGCAGAGAGAAUGCUAAGGCUAAAUCGUGAAGCAUUGAAAGACAACAUGUUCUCUGAUAAUGAAUCACGUGAGUCUUUCGACGAAGCGCGAGUGCAAAUCAUCUUCAAGCGGUACACCGAGUUCGUCAUCACCGCUACCAAAGCAAAGGAGGAGGAGUCGAUGCGCUACACAAUGCUAUCCAAAAGCCACAAGACCGUUUUGCAGUAUUGGUUGAUCGAUGGCAAAUAUUGGACCGAGCUGCGAAGUGUUGCCAUCAAGCUCUUCAGCAUGGAGACAUGUAGUGCCGCCUUAGAGCAAAACUGGUCGACAAUUAAGUUCAUUCAUUUGAAGCUAAGGAACUUCCUGACCCCGAAAAGCAUCAACGAGCUCACAUACAUCAAGAGCAACUUGUCGAUCUUCUACGAUUAG